CACGUUUUGAAACAUAGAACCAUAACGUUAAUUUGCUCUAACAUCUUUACAUAUAGAUAUAUAUAUUUAGUGCACUAUGUCGUCCAUAUACACUACUCAAAAAGACUCAACCUGCCUACUCCCUCUACAAGAAAAAAUCGUCCACAAGAACACAAAGGCACGAGCCAUAGAGCUCGUAAUUCUUUCUCUUCUCGUCUCCGUGCUUGUUUAUCGAGUUGUUUCUUUCAAAGACCAAGACCAUUACCUCCCAUGGCUGCUCGCGUUCUUAUGCGAGUCAUGGUUUACAUUUAUAUGGGCUAUUGGCGUGUGUGUCAAAUGGAAUCAAUCCACCAUCGUAACGUACCCAGAACGACUUUUAAAGAGGGUAAAAGAAUCGGAAUUUCCAGCAGUAGAUAUAUUUGUGACCACCGCGGAUCCUAUUCUGGAACCAGCCAUCAUAACAAUGAACACGGUGUUAUCACUUGUAGCAGCGGAUUAUCCAGCUAGCAAGUUAGCCCUUUAUUUGUCCGACGAUGGUUGCUCGCCGAUCACAUAUUAUUCACUAGUUGAGACAACAAAAUUUGCAAAAAUUUGGGUCCCUUUUUGCAAAAAGUAUAACGUUCAAGUUAGAGCUCCAUUUCGAUAUUUUACUCCCAAUUCCACUCAUCCCUUAGAAGAAGACAACUCUAUGGAGCUCCAACAAGAAUGGAAGAAUAUGAAGAAUGAAUACGAAAAACUUUGCAAAAAGAUUGAGCUUGCUUCUAAGAUGGCAUUUCCAUGUGAUCAUAAUUCGGAAUAUGCUGUUUUCAAUGGUGUUCACCGUAUGAAACAUCCCGCUAUCAUCAAGGUUAUAUCUGAGAACAAAGAAGGUAGUUUGAAUGAGUUGCCUCAUGUGAUAUACAUCUCAAGAGAGAAAAGCCCGAAACAUCAUCAUCAUUACAAAGCUGGAGCUAUGAAUGCUUUGACUAGAGUCUCUGGAGUAAUGACAAAUGCACCUCUGAUGCUGAAUGUAGAUUGUGAUAUGUAUGCAAACAAUCCACAAGUUUUUCUUCAUGCAAUGUGUAUGGUGUUCGACUUCAACGAUGAAGAAUAUGCUUUUUUCCAGUUUCCUCAAGCUUUUUAUGAUGGAUUGAAGGAUGACCCUUUUGGGAAUCAGCUCGCUAAUUUCUAUUAUAUUGCAAACGGGGUAGCAUCACUUCAAGGGACUUUCUAUGCUGGAUCAAAUUGUUUUCACAAAAGAAAGGUUAUUUAUGGUGCAUUUCCAAGUGACAUAACAAAAUUUGGAAAUAUGGGUAAUGAAGAUCUACAUAAAAGCUUUGGAAAUUCAGUUGAAUUGAGAGAAUCAGCUGCUCAAUAUUUAUCAAGAUCAUAUGCGAAUAUAGAAAAUAAAAGGAAUCCUUCUAGUUUCAUCGAGCCAGCAGUCCGAGUUGCAGGCUGUAGCUACGAAUAUGGUACCUCUUGGGGCACAAAGGUAGGUUGGAUUUACGGGUCAACGGUAGAAGAUAUUCUCACAGGAUUAAGCAUACAUGAAAAAGGAUGGAGAUCUAUCAUAACCUCGCCUGAGCCACUUGCAUUUCUUGGUUGUGCACCUUCCACAUAUAAUGCUUCACUUAUACAGCAAAAAAGAUGGUCCAUGGGGCUUCUCGAGAUCCUAUUCACCAAUAAGAACCCGUUCUUACUUAUAAUAAAAGGGAGGGUUUGGUUUAGACAAGCUCUUGCUUACUUCUGGCUUUGUUCAUGGGGACUCCAAUCCAUUCCAGAGUUAUGUUAUGCUAUUCUUCCAGCGUAUUGUAUCCUUACUAACUCACAUUUCUUACCAAAGAUCAACGAACCGACCUUUCUCAUCCCUAUGGGUAUUUUCAUAAGUUACAAUCUUUACGCCUUAUGGGAACUCAAGCGUUUGGGUGUAUCACUUCGUAUGUGGUGGAAUUUACAAACGAUGGGAAGGGUAAAUGCGAUGACAGCAUGGUUCUUUGGAUUUCUAAGCGUCAUGCUAAAGCUCGUAGGCUUAUCACAACCGGUUUUUGAAGUAACACAAAAGGAACAAAGCUCGAACGAUGGUGAUCAUGUUGAUGCUGAUGCGGGUAGGUUCACUUAUGACAAGUCACCAAUCAUCAUACCAGGUGUUGUCCUUUUAUUGGUUAACAUGACCGCGUUGAUAAAUGGAAUGUCCAGAUUGGUAAAUGUGGACUCUAUAGAAGAAUUAAGAUUAUUAGGAGAGAUGUUUUGUAGUCUUUGGGUGAUACUGUGCUUCUGGGAAUUCCUUAAAGGGCUGUUUGGAAAUGGGAAAUAUGGGAUUCCGACAUCCAUAAUAUGGAAAUCCGGAGCUUUGGCUUUAUUCGUCGUGCAGAUAUUUAGAAGAUCACCUCAAUUGUUUUAGGAUAUAAAUGAUACAUGAUUUGUGUAUGAUGUGAACUUCAAGUAUAAAAGUAUCGGUUUUAGAA